GCUGAUAACUUAGAUACGUUUCCUGCACAUGAAAAAUAUGAAAAAUUGAGUGGCACAAAUAUUGAUGAGCUUAGUUGUGCUACAUAUUGUAAAAAAUUGAUAUCUUUAAAAGGUAGUAAGAAAGAUGUUCAAACACUAUGUGCCAAAAUGGUAACAAAUUUAAAAACAUUGCAUACGAAUUCUGAUGUAGGGAAAACCCAAAAGGAUCGUUGUUCAUUUUUAACUCAUUGGGCUCGUUAUCAUGUAAUGAAUUUAUUUAGUAAGAAUCCUAUUUCUAAUCAAGAAAAACCUCUUCUUAAAGAGCUUAAUGAGGCAAUAUUCAACGUUAAUGAAAAUAUAACAGAAUGGAAUAAUCGGUGUAACUUCUAUCUAUAUGGCAAUUGGGAUUAUUGGAAAGAAGAAAAAGAUUUGCAUGAUUAUUUUGUAAAUCAUGAUAAAAUUAAUGAGUAUGCUGAUAGGCCCAAUGGCGAUACCCCCAAUAAAUAUUGUAUCUACCUUAACCACAUUAAUGAUUUAUACAAAAGAUACAUAAAGGAUUGUUGCAUGUGCUUUAUUAGACCCAAUUUUGAUUGUGAAGAAAAAUGCCCAAAAUAUUUUAAGUGUGAGAAAAAAUAUUACCCUUAUGAUCUUAUUUCUAAAUUGAAAUGUUCAAAUCAAAAACCUAAUGACACUGUAGAAGAAAUAUUUAAACCUGUAACUCUUGAUUAUACUGUUGUAACCAGAAGUCAAAUAGAAUCCUUAAAUUCGUGUAAUAGUUCUACGUGUGAGCAAGAGUAUAACUCUUAUGAUCUUAUUCAUAACUUGAACAGUCCAAAUCAAAAACCUAAUGAUAGUGUAGAAGAAACAAAUAAAUCUGUAAUUCUUGAUCAUACAGUUCUAAACAGAAGUCAAAUAGAAUUAGUAAAUUCGUGUAAUAGUUUUAUGUGCGAGCCUUUUUAUAAAUUUGUAUCACUUGGUUAUUCACUCCUUGGGGGAGGUUUUAUUUUUUCUUAA